AGCUGCCCGGCGCCGGUUUCCGGGUGGUGCGAGCGAGAUGGGGCGGAGGGCAAGUCUUGCAGAGUAGCUGCGGUGAGUGGGCGUGUGCGCCGAGCGGUCUGGCCCAAGGGCUGGGGGCCGGCCGAGGGUCUUCGGGAGCAGGCCGCAGGGCGCGGAGACAUCCUGGGAUCGCCGUCCGCCGCUGCUACCCGGCAUGUCGGCGGAGGCCUCGGGCCCGGCGGCCGCCGCGGCGCCGUCCCUGGAAGCCCCCAAGCCCUCGGGUCUCGAGCCUGGCCCCGCCGCCUACGGUCUCAAGCCGCUGACCCCGAACAGCAAAUACGUGAAGCUGAACGUGGGCGGCUCGUUGCACUACACCACGCUGCGCACCCUCACGGGACAGGACACCAUGCUCAAAGCCAUGUUCAGCGGCCGCGUGGAGGUGCUGACCGAUGCCGGAGGUUGGGUGCUGAUUGACCGGAGCGGCCGUCACUUUGGUACAAUCCUCAAUUACCUGCGGGAUGGGUCUGUGCCACUGCCGGAGAGUACGAGAGAACUGGGGGAGCUGCUGGGCGAAGCACGCUACUACCUGGUGCAGGGCCUGAUUGAGGACUGCCAGCUGGCGCUGCAGAGUCUCUCUGUCGCCCAGGCUGGAGUGCAAUGGCGUGAUCUUGGCUCACCGCAACCUCUGCCUCCCAGGUUCAAGCAAUUCUCCUGCCUCAGCCUCCCAAGUAGCUAGAAUUACAGGCGCCUGCCGCCACGCUUUGCUACUUUUUUGUAUUUUUAGUAGAGACGGGGUUUCACCAUGUUUGCUAGGCUGGUGUCGAACUCCUGACCUCACGUGAUCCAUCCGCCUUGGCCCCCCAAAGUGCUGGGAUUACAGGCGUGAGCCACCGGCCUGUAGUUUUAAAUUUACUAAUGUUAAAACUAAAGUUUUAAAACCUGGCCUGUAGUUUUAAAUUUACUAAUGUCAUCAUGUACCCACUGUGUGUCAGGAGCAAUUCUGCUAUCUGCUUGUGUAUACGUCUUGUAUCCUUGUUUGACAUAAAAAGAAACGCGAGGGAGCUUGGAAGACGUGUCCAAGGUCAAAGAGCUGGGAAGCAGCAGAGCUCAGAUUUGACCCCAGGCUACCUGACUAUCUGACCUUCAGCCUCCCAAGAGCUGUACUUUUCUAUACUCCUGCUCUGCACCUCACACAGCUCAGCACACUCCUCAGUGUGUGGCGCUUCAUCAAUAUUGGUCUAUGCAAACCUUUUGUCUUUUAGUUUUAUUUCUUUCCCUCCAUUCCCAGUCCCCUGCCUACUUUCCUUUUCCCCAGGGGCACCCAUCCAAUUUUAAUGUUUUGAUACAUAUGCUCGAAAAGCUAAAGCAUUGUUCUGCAUAUGUGUGCAUUUUAAAUGUCCAUAAAUGGCAUUGAAGCUGUGAAUCAGUUUCUGUUGCAUUGUGUUUUUUUAAUUCAGCACUUUUUUUCAAGAUCUAUUCAUGCUGCUCCAAGUACAUCUAGUUCUUUGCUUCUAACAGCUGCAGAGAAAUCUGCGGUGUUCAUUCACCAUAUUUUGUUCAUACAUUCCCCUGAGGUUGGAGACAUAGAUUGCCUUCCAGUUCCUGCCCCUACAAACCGUGUCACCAUGAGCAUCCUGGUACAUGCUCCCUUCUGAUUCUGUGCCAGUCUCCUGUCAUUGUAGCUGGGAGUAGAAUUGCUGGAUAACAGGACACCUGCAAACGGCGUUUUAGUAAAUAUCAUCUAAUUGCUCUCCCGAAUGGUUAUAAUACUUUAUCCUCAUAAUGAGCAGUGCAUAAGAGAUUCCAUUUCUGCAUGUCCUCAUCAAAACAUGGCAUCAUCCAGCUUUCUAAUUUUGCCAAUCCAAUGAGUGUAGCGUGAUCUCAUUUUCAUUUGCAUGCCUCUGAUUACUAAUGAGGUUCAGCAUCUUUUCAUAUACUCACUAGUGUUUUUUUGUUUCCCUUCCUGUGAAUUGCUUAUUCAUGUUCUUUACCAGAUUUUCUGCUUUUUUCUUUUUCAUGUUGCUUAGCAGGAGAUCCUUGCAUAUUUUAGUUUAGUUCCUAGGGAUAAUUAAGCCCUACUGCAUAUGGGUAUGUCUUAUACAUGCCCUAGGGCAUGGAUUAUACAUAACAAAUUAACCUCUAAGCCUGUAGCAUGGGACUAUUUACCUACUGUUCUCAGCAAAGUUCAGAAAACACUCAAAUUAUUUGCUGUUUUUUUGUUUUUGUUUUUCUUUUUUUGAGGUGGAGUCUUGCUCUGUCGCCCAGGGUGGAGUGCAGUGGCGCGAUCUUGCCUCACUGCAACCUCCCUCUCUGGGGUUCAAGUGAUUCUCCUGCCUCAGCUUCCCGGGUAGCUGGGACUACAUGUGUGCACUACAAUGCCUGGCUAAUUUUAUCAUAUUUUUGGUAGAGAUGGAGUUUCGCCAUGUUGGCCAGGCUGGUCUCGAACUCCUGACCUCAAGUGAUCCACCUGCCUUGGCCUCCCAAAGUGCUGGGAUUCAGGCGUGAGCCACCGUGCCUGGCCAUAUUUGCUGGUUUUUGAGAUUCAGAUUAGGAACUUCAGUUGAAAAAGUCUGUUCUAGAUAAAAAUUUCUAGUCAAUGUAGAUAUUGCCAAUAUUUUUUCUUAGAAUGUCACCCGCUUGUGGCAUCUAGCAUUGAAUGGAAAUCCUUGAUUUUUUAAAAUUACAAAUAACCAUUGAUUAUUUUAAAGCAGUAUUUUUUAAUUGUAGAAAUUUCAGAAACACAAAUAAUCUAAAAAAUAAAAGCACCAAAUAUUCUUCC